AUGUGCUCUGCAGAGCGUAGGCCUUUUUUACGUGUUAGGACGGUAAACGAGCAGACCGAUUCCCUGAUGGUGGCCUGGCUCCGAGUAGACACGCAGACAAUACUCACAAUAGGUCACCACGUCAUCACAAAGAACCACAGGGUAGCCGUCUCCAAGAGGGACCAGAGCUGGUCGCUCACACUGCGUGACGUCAGGCCUGCCGACGGAGGAUACUACAUGUGCCAGAUCAACACGGAGCCUAUGAUCACACAGACUCAUCAUCUUCAUAUUUCAGUGCCACCAGAUAUCGUGGACUCUGACAGCAGUGGUGAGGUCUUAGUUUGGGAAGGAGACAAUGUGACUCUUCACUGUGCUGCUUCGGGGACUCCACAGCCUGUCAUUUUGUGGAGAAGAGAAGACUCUGCUGCCUUCAAUAUUGGGACGGAAUCUGUCACCAAAUGGAAUGGACCUUGGCUGAAUUUAACUUCAGUGUCUCGGGACAUGAAUGGUGCUUUCCUCUGCAUAGCAUCGAAUGGAGUACCACCAUCAGUCAGCAAAAGGAUCCUUCUCCACGUGCUAUGUAAACCCACGGCUCAGAUUACGCAGAAAAUGCUUGGCGUAUACGUUGGCGAUACAAUGCAACUCAAGUGCAAGAUUGAAGCUAAUCCCGCGCCUAAUGUGUACUGGACACAUAUAGACUUCAAUAAACUUUAUAAUGGAUCAAAACACCAAAUGAGUAUAACGUCGCAAGGGUACAAGCACACAGCUGUGCUUCGAGUAAGGAACAUGUCUCGGGAAGACAUUGGUUCCUACUACUGCUACGCUGAAAACUCUAUGGGGUCCACAAGGGAUGACGUCACUGUUUAUACUCUAGCAACCACUACGUCGACAUCGACUGAAGUUACGACUGUUCUUGAAGAUAUUACCUCAACGCCAAUGCACUCAUACGCAGAAUUAGAAAUAAAGGACCAUGAUCCUGAUCUCCACUUCCCGGAUGAGGAUCGCAUCGUCGUGGUGCUGAGCCAGCAUCAAAUGCAGAACUUAGAUUUCUCACCAAGUUCGUGACCGGAGGACAGUUCUAACCCGUCUUCGAUGUGGUCCUCAGCGCCAAGAGUAAGGCCUG